CAAUUUAACCCUAACCAUUUCGGGGCGGAAACCCUCGUCAUCUCCUUUCGGCGGCGGCGGCGGCGGCGGAGGCGGCGCGCGGUCGUGGGAAUGAAAGCCGCCGACCAAUCCCAUGCCCCCCCUGUCCCUCGUCCCUUCCGUCGGGCGAAGCAGCCAAGCACCACCUCUCGCCACGAGGGCGAAGGCGGAGGAGCCGAUAGAAGGAGAAGACCAUCUCGGCGUGGCGGUACCUCGAAGCGAGGAAGAGGGCGGCCUCAUCAUCUUCUGCGACCUUGCUCCUCCAAUUGGGGGGCGACGCGCGCACGCACAGGGGCGGCGGCAGCAGCGGCAGCGCUCAAUACCAGCAACCAAGAUUUGUCAUCAACCUGUGCUCAUAUCCAGAUCCUCCCCUCCCGGGGAUGUGAUGAUGAUUCGAAUCCAAGGGGGAAACUUUCCCCCUCAACCUGUGCUCAGAUCCAGAUCGUCCCCUCCCGGGGAUGUGACGAUGAAUUGAAUCCAAGGAAGAAACAUCUGCUGCGCCCUAGUCUCUCCAUCAUCCAGAAGCGAGGAAGAAGGCGGCCUCAUCAUCUUCUGCGACCUUGCUCCAGCCAGCCCGACGAUUCGAAGAUACCAGGGCAGAAACAUAUGCUGCGCCCUUGUCUCUCGAUCCAGCCGCCCCCAAAUUAUUGUUGGGGGGCAAAACGCUCGCGGACGAACAACAACAACUGGAGGGACUGGUCCAACCUAGACGAUGGGCCGUUAGGUCUGAUCGCUGAGCGCGUUCUCGCAUUUGACGUCACCGACUAUCUCCGCUUCCGUGCCGUGUGCCGUCCAUGGCGGCACUGUUCCACAGAACCGCACACCCAUGGCGGGCUUGACCGCCGGUUCCAUCCCUGGCGGUGGGUACUGCUCCGCGAACCACUAGCUGCUCCAAACCGCCGUUGCUUCCUGAACUCCUUCACCGGCGAGUUCAUCCAAGUGGACCUCCCGGAGCUCCUUGACCAUGAGCUUCUUGCUGUCACCCCGGAGGGCCUCCUUGUCCUGUUCCAUGACCACAACCACGUCCGCCUGCUCAACCCACUCACGCGUCACGUCACAGAGCUACCACCGCUCACCACGCUGCUUCCUUCUAAACACCAUGUCAUGCUUUCCUAUUUCAACAUAGACGACUUCUUAGCGACAGGCUCUGGCAUUGCUAGUGAUGAUUCAACAGUGGUGCUCUGCUUCAAUAGGUUCCGCAUUCUUGGCAUGGCAAAGCCCGGUGAUGACCACUGGAUUUUGCUGAAGUACAACCAUGAUGGGUUCACACACACACCCUUAAUGUUUGCAGGGCGCUUCUACUAUGUUAAGGUUGAUGGUGUCAUGGCGCUGCAAAUCUGUCCUAACCAGCCACCACGGCUGGAGGUGGCUGCCAAGCUGAAUAUGCAUGUCUCACCAAUUUCGGAAGGGUUGCACCUCGUCAACAGUUGUGGUGACUUGAUGCUGAUCCACCGUCAGACUGUUCCAUUGACGUCGCUGGAUAAAUCGUGUUAUCAGUAUGACAUGUAUCGAGUGAAUUUGGAUACCGGAACACUAUUACCAGUCAAGAGCUUGGGUGGUGGCGCAGGGCGAGCGAUGUUCUGGGGCAUGCAUUGCUCUUUCUCGGUGCCUCUAGAGGUUUUUCCCUCUGGCUCCAUUAGCGCUGACACCAUCUACCCGAGCUUUGACUUUACUGAGAGAAGCCUGUUAGAAGUUGGAGCAUAUCAUCUCCUGGAUGGACACAUUGAUCGACCAUCUGGCUUGUUGCAGCGGCCGAAUACUCUGGUUGACUGUCUAUCUUUGUCCAAUACGGUUGAUGAUGAGUAGUCUAGCCCCAUUUCCUUCGAUAAUUUAGCAUGAAUGGUUAUGCAAUAUGGACAUUUUGUCCCAUUAUUGCUAGCAUUUGAGUGAUUGUAUCUUGCUAGAGCUGAAGCUGAAUCAACUCUUUGCUGUGCUAAAAAUUCUGUACCUGUAACACAAAUUCGAUGGGAGAUAAUAAUAAUAAUCUAU